CAGCCUCUCGCCCCGCCCCCAAGCCCACAACUAGCCGUUCGGCAACCGGGGCUGCUGGCGGAGGAACCGCGACCGUGCAGGGAUGGACGUUGCAGCCGGCAGCUUCUCGGAAGAGCAGUUCCAGGAGGCCUGCGCGGAGCUCCAGCAGCCCGCGCUGACGGGAGCCGACUGGCAGCUGCUGGUGGAAGCCUUGGGCAUCAGCAUUUACCGGCUGCUGGACCAGCAAUCUGGACUCUAUGAGUAUAAAGUCUUUGGUGUUCUGGAGGAUUGCCCACCGACUCUACUGGCAGAUGUCUAUAUGGACUUAGACUAUAGGAAACAAUGGGACCAGUAUGUUAAAGAACUCUAUGAAAAAGACUGCAACGGAGAGACCGUCGUCUACUGGGAAGUGAAGUACCCUUUCCCUAUGUCCAACCGAGAUUACGUCUACAUCCGGCAGCGGCGAGACCUGGAUGUGGAAGGGCGGAAGAUCCACGUGAUGCUGGCACAGAGCACCUCUGUGCCUCAGUUUACCGAAAGGUCGGGUGUGAUCCGAGUACAGCGGUACAAGCAAAGCCUGGCAAUUGAGAGUGAUGGCAAGAAGGGGAGCAAAGUUUUCAUGUAUUACUUCGAUAACCCGGGUGGCCAAAUUCCGUCCUGGCUCAUUAACUGGGCUGCCAAGAAUGGAGUUCCUAACUUCUUGAAAGACUUGGGGAAAGCCUGUCAGAACUACCUCAAGAAGACCUAAGGAAGGGAGUGGGAGCUUUGUGUCCAUGGAAUGAUGUUUGAGAAGUGCCACAGCCCCCCACACCAGCCUUCCUUUCCUUCUUUCGUCUUCAGAGGCCUGCACCCUACCUACUGCACGUCGCCCCUGCUCCUGUUUGCCUGAUGCCUGGCUCGCCUGGCUGCUUCCUUUCCCACUCUCCCACCCCAGGACGCGUUGCCUUCUUCCACUAUUGAAUUUGGGUCACACUGGGGAAACUUUUGGUUGUUUAUUUUUAAAAAGGGAAGUCCUCCAUAGGGAACACAGUCAUCCCAUUGUGCCCCAUUGGGGGGUGGGGUGGGUGGAGCAGUGACUACAAAACCCAAGACUGACCAUCCCGACAAGCUGGCUCCUUCCCAGAAUGUGAUUUCUUGCAACCCAGGAGGGGUGGCCAGAAGUCGCAUGUCUCCACAUGGCUGCUCAGCCCAGCAAGACUGGUAGACCUAUGCAGAGUGCAUUUGUAUUGGGCUCUGCCGACAUGAUUCAACUGGGAUAUGACACAAUAAGCCAACCAGUCUCUCCCUAGUCCUCUUCCUGAAGGAUCACUGUUAUGUGAUCCUGUUAUGAUAUCAAACCAUUUUAGAAAACAUAGCAGGCCUGACAGCAUAGAAUGUGACAGCCAUUUUUUUUUUCUAAUUCAUACGUCCCUGGCUUUUUCUCUUUCUUGUAUGUCACUGGGGGAUGCCUUACCCUACCUCACUAGCUCUGCAUUUAACUGGAAACAAGACAUGAAGAUGACUGACAGGUAGUGAAAGCAAAUAUGCUUUGCACACUGCAAACAGAUAAAGUAACUUUAUGUGCAAUGAGAUGGAUUUCACUUCUAGAAUGUUUGGAAAUGUUGAAAAUAGUUCACAGCCAGUGAACUAUUAAUUAGCACCUUGUGUGGAAUCUAUCCCCUUUUCUCAGGAAUUCCACCUAGGUUGUCUGCCUCGUCCACACUGAGAGAUUUCAAGUUUCUUGUUUUCUACUAAAUUUUGGUAAGAUGUCCUGUGGCCAGAGGCAGAGCCUUGAAAAUCUCAGGGAAAAAAUUUAACUACUGUGUAUGAUGGUACUAUGCCUUGAUGAAUGGACAUAGAAAUUCAGGACAUAAACCAGAGUAGGAAAUUUACUGAAAUGGGAUACCUCAAACUAUGUUUUCUUUCUGGGCAGAAAAGUGUAGUCCUACCAAAUAAAUACAGAGCCACUUAUACUUAUCCUGUCUGCAGCUUCCUUCCCACCUUUCAUGAGGAUGAAUUCAUUAGGUCACUUGUUUGCAAGUCACAUCUAAUCUAACUCAUGGGCUUCAACAUGAAACAGGAUUUGAAGAUCACUAAUGCGAGGCCACGUGUGGGGCCGCCUCAGUAGCUGCUGAUAAGGCUGCUGAAACUUACGUUGGGAUUCAGCUGUUUCCUUCAAGUGAGCUUCCUUGUUGGGCAGUGCUUGGUGGCUGGGUCGCUGCUACCAGCACAAAGGUGGUAAAGUAGCUUUGCAUCUUCCUAGGCUCACACUGAGCCAAAAAUAAGCACGUCUUUUUAAUACAUACCAAAUUAUCCCAUGAUUCCCUCCAUUCCAGGGAUCUUCCCCUCCCUCGUCAUUGUGUUCAUGUGGCUAGAAUUAUGCAAGAAGCGGGUACCUCACACAGUA